AUGGCUGUUCGCAACACUCAGGUCGCUUCUUCCCGCUCCAAGAGCCGUAAGGCUCACUUCAGCGCUCCCUCCUCCGAGCGCCGUGUGAUCCUCAGCGCCAGCCUGAACAAGGAGCUCCGCGAGAAGUACGGUGUCCGCUCCAUCCCCAUCCGCAAGGGCGACGAGGUCCAGAUUGUCCGUGGCUCCAACAAGGGCCGUGACGGCAAGAUCACCUCCGUCUACCGUCUCAAGUGGUGCAUCCACGUCGAGCGUGUCGUCCGCGAGAAGUCCAACGGCCAGAGCGUUCCCCUCCCCAUCCACCCCUCCAACGUCGUCAUCACCAAGCUCCACCUCGACAAGGACCGUGAGGAGAUCCUCGCCCGCAAGGGCAAGGGCCGUGAGGCCGCCAAGUCCGCUUAA